UCUGUUCCCUCCAUACGACAUUCGAGAUCAUUUGAGGAGGAGGAGGAGGAGGGGGAAGAGGACUGCUCCCUGGGGAAACCACUGAGAGGAACCAGUCGUCUGCAUCAGUACAGCGAUGGCGACGAUAGCGAUGGAGCGACUGGGCCGACUGUUCAUCAGCCUGCAGCAGAUCCGGCAGGUUCCUCGGAUGCUGACCGAGGCAGCCCCGUCCAUGCCCGGCACCGUGAGGGACGCUGACGUUCCCGAAUCUUUUAGGGAGCGCUACAUCUGCAUGGGCUACCGGCCCACAGACCAGAACUGGCGUUACUACUUCCUGUCCCUGUUCCAGCGCCACAAUGAGACCAUCAACAUCUGGACUCACCUGCUGGCGUUCUUAAUCCUGCUGGUUAAACUGUGCCAACUUACUGAGAAUGUGGACUUCGUUAACGAUCAUCAUUCGUGGCCUCUGUUGAUCCUCGUCCUGUCGUCCUUGACCUACUCAGCCUUCAGUGUAGCGGCUCACCUACUGGGCGGCAAAUGUGAGCUGAGUCACUAUACCUUCUACUUCCUGGACUACGUCGGGGUGGCGCAGUACCAGUACGGCAGCGCUGUAGUGCACUUUUACUAUGCUGUGGAUGAGGGUUUUCACAAACACAUACAUGGGGUUUUCAUGCCCGUUGCCGCUACCCUCAGCUGUCUCUCAUGUCUGGGAUGUUGUUACGGCAAAGUCCAAAACCACAACUUCUCGGUCUGGGUUCGUAAAGUCGGACAUGUCAUCCCCUCAGCCGUCGCCUACGCCUGGGACAUCAGCCCAGUCGUCAGGAGGCUUUUAUCCUCGUCUGAGGCCAGCGAUGACCCAGCGCUUAUCUUCCACUUUGGCCAGGUGGCGUUCUUCCUCAGCUGUGCCUUCUUCUUCGCCUUCCCCAUCGUAGAGAGGUGCUGCCCCGGACGCUGCAAUUUUAUUGGACAGAGUCAUCAGAUAUUCCACGUCUUUCUGUCGUUUUGCACUUUGUGUCAGAUUCAAGCGUCCUACCUAGACUACGUCGGCCGUAGGUGGUUGUACUCAAGUCUGCAUGGUACCGGGGAGGCCGGCCUCUUUGUGAGGUUGUAUGUUUUCACUCUGAUUGCCUGUGUGCUCAUUAUUACCUUGAUGCUGAGAAAAGUCAAGCAAGUUCUUGAUCUAAAAAGCAAGUCCAAAUGAAGCAGAAAGUAGACUGAAUGUCCUGGAGUUAGUAAUAGAACUCAAUACAUGAAGUGGUGACGCAUCUGGGAUGUAACCCCCCUUUGCCCAUAGGCACCCCUCUGACCCUCAUGAGGACAAAUGCCGCGUUUCCACUACGUGGUAUUGGCUCGACUCGACUCUGCCUUUUUGCGUUUCCAUUAUGAAAAAGGACCUGGAAUCUGGUACCCGGUACUAGUUUUUUGGUAUCACCUCCGCUGAG